ACAAAUAUCACCCUCGACCUUCGUGCAUCUAAUCUUCCUUUUUUCGGUUACUUCUUUUCAAUCAUUCACUUCUUGCUAAAUGUUAAAGGUCAGUUGAUUCCUCCAACGUGUGGGGUUUUUGUUUUUUAAAUAAGUUUAUCAACUUUCUUUUGAAUUUUGCACCUUUGACCGCAUUACUUUACUGUGAUAUAAUGAAUAAAGGGCUAUUAUCCCAUUUCACCAAAAUACCAACUUCCCCCGCGCUCUAUUCUCUCUCCCGUAUGCACAUCUAAUGCAGACAGACCAGCAAAUGCCUUUCCGGAGGAUGAUCCUAUCUGUAACUGUAAGAUUCUGGCCGCCUUCUUGCCUGUUCGAAACCAGACGCCCGAUAUCAACCCCACCUCCCCACUUAUUACUCCGUACUUUGUUAAAGCGCUGUUCCAACCUCAAAACCUUACACCAAGUCCAUGCCUUCAUGCUCCCGCGAGCUCUCCACCAUGAUGUUUCCCUCCUCAGCUUCUUCAUCGACGCUUGCUCCUUUCUGGGUUUCUUCGUUUACGCUUACUCCGUCUUCCUCCGUGCGCCUCACCCCAAUACCUUUCUCUACAACACCAUGAUCAGGUUUCUCUCUCGCUCUGACUCUAUCGUGGAGGCUAUCCUUCUCUACAAAAAACUUCGAGCUCACGGCUUGCCACCCGACACCUACACGUUUCCUUUUGUGCUCAAGGUUGUUACCCGGUUAUCCGCCAUCAGAUGGGGCACCCAGAUUCACUGCCAAACGCUGCUUACUGGCCUGGACUACGAUGUUCACGUGGUCAUAGCUCUUGUACAGAUGUACUCGUCCUGUGGGUGUCUCGGGGAUGCGCACCAACUGUUUGAUGGAGUGAACUUCAGAAAUGUGGCUCUCUGGAAUGCAAUGAUUGCCGGUUACGCCAAGGUUGGUGAGGUGGACAAAGCCCGAGGUUUGCUGGAGCACAUGCCGCAAUGUCACAGGAAUGUCAUUUCAUGGACUUGUGUCAUCGCUGGAUAUGCCCAGAUGGAUCGACCAAAUGAAGCAAUAGAGGUCUUUCGGAGAAUGCAGCUUGAGAAUGUGGAGCCUGAUGAGAUAGCCAUGCUGGCUGUCCUCUCUGCUUGUGCGGAUUUGGGUGCCCUCCAGUUGGGGGAAUGGGUUCAUAAUUAUGUCGGCAACCGCGGCUUGAAUCAAACAGUUCCUCUUAAGAACGCCCUUAUAGACAUGUAUGCGAAGUCGGGAAAAAUAGGAAAGGCUUUCCAAAUAUUUGAGGAUAUGAAGAAUAAAAGUGUUGUAACUUGGACUACCAUGAUUUCUGGAUUUGCCCUGCAUGGGCUUGGAAGGGAAGCAAUUGAAAUGUUCUCCCGUAUGCAAAGAGAUGGUGUUAAACCAAAUGACAUCACUUUCAUUGCCAUCCUUUCUGCAUGCGCCCAUGUCGGAUUGGUUAAGCUGUGUGUCUGGUGCUUCAACACCAUGAGAUCAACUUAUGGGAUUAAACCAAAGGUUGAACACUAUGGCUGCCUGAUUGACUCACUUGGUCGUGCUGGUUUUCUUCAUGAAGCACAAGAACUAGUUAGGAGGAUGCCCUUUGAGGCCAAUGCUGCGGUAUGGGGAUCCCUUCUUGCUGCUUCUAAUAUUCAUCGGGACCUUGAGCUUGGGGUCUGUGCUCUGCAGCAUCUAAUUAAAUUAGAGCCUUACAAUAGUGGAAAUUAUGUGCUUUUAUGCAACAUGUAUUCCUCACUUGGAAGGUGGGAUGAAUCUAGGACGGCAAGGAAGAUGAUGAGGGACAAAGAUGUUAAGAAGAUGCCAGGAGGCAGUUUUAUUGAACUGAAUAACAGAGUUUACGAAUUCAUUGCAGGAGACACAUCACAUCCGCAGUUCAGUAUGAUAGAGGAACUACUAUUUGGGGUUGAUGGGAAACUAAAAAUGAUUGAGUAUCCACAGAGGGACAGUGUUGGAUCAUAUGAAUUUGACAUGGUAUAGGACAUUGCUCUGCCUCUAACAUCUCUAUUUCUGGUUUCUGACCAGCCUUGAGUACCAUGAUGAUAAAUGCAACAGUACUAUGUGCUAUGCUGUCAUUCCAUUGACAAGUCCUAGCUGUGUAUGUUACCUCAAGCAUCCCAUUCUUUUCAAACUGAAGGUAGCAGGUGGAGCUCCACUCACAUGUUAAACCAGAGAGUUCCUCUGUUGAGAUGGAAGCAAAGAGAGAAUGUGUUACAACAUAAAGAUUCAUGAUUUGUGUGUAAGAUUGUUGGUGUUGAGUGAGAGGACGAUGGCAGAUUUGUAGCAAUAUCAAAAACUGAUUUGAUCCAAGAAGAUGUUAGAUGUGUCUUCAAUCCCAGUAAAGAAUUAAGGGUUUCACCAAGGUUCUUGACAGAUGGAUUUCAGCGUGUCUCUGGGUUCAGCAUGUUGUGAUGAAGUAUACAGACAAGAAACAGUUAGCCGUUUCAUUUGUUGUGCAAUAUUUUUGCAAUUAUCCUCCUUAAAGAAAAAGGAAAAGAAAAGAAAAGCAGAGAGAAGUGUCUGUACCAUGAAUCUGGCUUAGCAAUUCAAAGCUCCUCCACCAGCACCAGCACCACCACCAGCACUAGGAAA